AUGAAAAGGUUUAACUUUAAUAAUUUAUAUAUAUAUGAUAAAUUAAUUUCAUCCACAAUAAUAUGUUUGAUUUUAUCGUUUAAUGUGUUAGCUCAUAUCGAUAAUAAUGAUAAUGAUAAUGAUAAUUCCUUAUUUAAUAGUGGCUUACUCAUACCAAAGAGUAAUUCUCAAAUUUUAGAAGCAACUUUAAAUCUAGGUAGAAAUAAUAAUAAUGGUGAUGAUGAUAAAUGUCCACCAUGUUUUAAUUGUAUGUUACCCAUUUUUGAAUGUAAACAAUACUCCCAAUGUAAUGAAUUUAGUGGUAGAUGUGAUUGUAUUGAUGGUUUUGGAGGAGAUGAUUGUUCUAUCCCAUUAUGUGGUUCAUUAGCCGAGAAUAAUAAUAAUAGACCUCAACGUUCUUCAAAUGAUACUUCAUGUCUUUGUGAUGAGGGUUGGAGUGGAAUUAAUUGUAAUAUUUGUGAAGAAGAUUCUGUUUGUGAUAUAUUUAUGCCAGAUAAAAGUCUUAAAGGUACAUGUUAUAAAAAAGGAAUGAUUGUUAAUAAAUUAUAUCAAGCUUGUAAUGUAACAAAUCAAAAAAUUUUACAAAUUCUUAAUGGGAAGUUACCACAAGCAACAUUUUCAUGUGAUAAAGAAAAAGAUUUAUGUAAUUUUCAGUUUUGGAUUGAUCAAAUCGAAAGUUUUUAUUGUGAAUUAGAUACUUGUCAAUUUAAUUAUGAUACCUCUAAAAAUACAUCUCAUUAUAAUUGUGAUAAUGUUAAAUGCAAAUGUUUACCAGGAACAAUGCUAUGUGGUGCAAAUGGAUCUAUUGAUAUUGGAGAAUUUUUAUCUGAAACUAUUAAAGGUCCAGGUGAUUUUACUUGCGAUUUAGAAAAUAAAAAAUGUGUCUUUUCAGAACCUUCAAUGAAUGAUUUAAUAUCAACGAUUUUUGGUGAUCCUUAUAUUUCUUUAAAAUGUGAAUCAGGAGAAUGUUUACAUUAUAGUGAAAUUCCAGGUUAUAAAUCACCAGAUGGUCAAGGAAAUAUGACCCUUAGAGGUAAAAUAAUACUAACAUUAACUUCAAUAACUGUAUUAGCUAUAGCUACAAUGACUGUUUUUUAUAUCUCUAACUCUCCACUUUUUAAACAUUCAAUUUUCUUAGGUGAUAAUAGUGAUUUAACAAGAGAUAUUGAUGAUAAUAAUAAUUUUUUAAAGAGUGAUUUAUUAACAACAUUUAGUUUUGAAAAUAUUAAUUAUUCAGUUCCAUCGAUUGAUUCAAAAAAAUCAAAAUUAAUGACCACAGUACUUAAAAAUAUUACAGGAUGUGUAAAACCGGGACAAAUGUUAGCUAUUAUGGGUGGUUCAGGAGCAGGUAAGACUACUUUGUUAGAUAUUUUAGCAAUGAAACGUAAAUCUGGUUCUGUAGAAGGCACGAUUAGAAUAAAUGGUAUUGAAGUCCCUCGUAAACAAUUCUCGAAAUUGAUCGGAUUUGUUGAUCAAGAAAACUAUUUGUUACCAACAUUGACUGUAUAUGAAACUAUUUUGAAUAGUGCUUUAUUACGUUUACCAAGAUCAAUGUCUCUAAGAGCUAAACAAGCAAGAGUCAUUCAAGUAUUAGAACAAUUAAGAAUUUUUGAUAUUAAAGAUCGUAUCAUUGGAGAUGAAUUUCAAAGAGGAAUAUCUGGUGGUGAAAAGAGACGUGUUUCAAUUGCAUGUGAACUUGUGACAUCUCCAUUGAUCUUAUUCUUAGAUGAACCAACAUCUGGAUUAGAUGCAAAUAAUGCAAACAAUGUUGUUGAAUGUCUAUGGAAAUUAGCAAAAGAUUAUAAUAGAACAUUAGUAUUAUCUAUUCAUCAACCAAGAUCUAAUAUUUUUAAUCUUUUUGAUAAAUUGGUAUUAUUGAGUAAUGGUAAUAUGAUAUAUUCUGGUGAUACAAUUAGUAUCAAUGAAUAUUUAUUAAAUAGUGGUUUUAAAUGUCCACCCAAUUAUAAUGUUGCAGAUUAUUUAAUUGAUAUUACAUUUGGUUCUAAUAAGAAAUUUGACAGUAUCCUUAAUACUCAUGAUUUAGAACAUGGAAUUAUUGAAGUUGAUGAACAAGGACAAAAUAGCAUGUCACCUAACAUCAAAUAUGAUACUAAUAAUCCAUUAGGUUCUCAUUCCUUAAAUAGAAGUACUACUCAAAAUGAAUGGGAACAUUUUGCUGAACAUCGAGAUGAAAUGAGAGGUUUGUUACAAGAUGGUGAAGAAGAAAUUCCCAAUGGUGAAAAUAUUAUAGAAUUAUCAAAUACUGAAUUUUUAACAGAAAAAUAUAAAGAUAGUCCAUAUUAUGCAACAUUAUUACAAGAGAUAUCAGAUAUUAAUAAUUUUGAUAAUACUGAAAGUAUAUCAUUAAUUGAACAAAUUGAAAUACCAAGAAAGCAUAAACCUGCAACAUUUUUCCAACAGUUAUCAAUACUUUGUUCAAGAUCAUUUAAAAAUAUUUAUAGGAAUCCCAAGCUAUUAUUAGCCAAUUAUUUAUUAACAAUUUUAUUAAGUUUAUUUUUAGGAACAUUAUAUUAUAAUAUUAGUAUUGAUAUUAGUGGAUUUCAAAAUCGUAUGGGAUUAUUUUUUUUCAUUUUAACAUAUUUUGGAUUUGUUACAUUUACUGGAUUAAGUUCAUUUUCACAAGAAAGAUUAAUUUUUUUAAAAGAAAGAUCAAAUAAUUAUUAUUCUCCAUUAGCUUAUUAUAUUAGUAAAAUAAUAAGUGAUUUAUUACCAUUAAGAGUUAUACCACCAAUAAUAAUGAUAAUAAUAAUUUAUCCAUUAAUUGGAUUAAAUAAUGAUAAUAAUGAAAAUUCAUUUUUAAAAUGUAUUUUAAUAUUAAUAUUAUUUAAUGUUGGUAUUGCAUUAGAGAUUUUAUCAUUAGGUAUAAUUUUUGAAAAUCUUAAUAAUUCGAUUAUUGUUAGUGUAAUGAUAUUAUUGAUUUCAAUACUUUUCAGUGGGUUAUUUAUUAAUACACAAGAAUUAACCAAUAUUGUAUUUAAAAAUUUAAAAAAUUUAUCAAUUUUUUAUUAUGCAUAUGAAUCUUUAUUAAUCAAUGAAGUUAAAACCUUAAUGUUGAAGGAGAAAAAAUUUGGUUUAAAUAUUGAAGUACCUGGUGCAACGAUAUUAAGUACAUUUGGAUUUAAGAUACAAAAUUUAAUAUUUGAUUUAAAAAUUUUAUUUUUAUUUAAUAUUAUUUUUUUAAUUGUUGGUUAUUUAUCAUUAAAAUUAAUUGUUAUUGAACAAAGAUAA